UAACUUCGCUCUUGGACUGAUCGAUAAGUGAAAUAAAUGUGUAAAUAAAGAAAUCAAUAUUUUUUUUAUUAAUUUACCAACGACUUCCAUCGCCUUUGAAAUUUGGCGAUUUUCUUGAAAUUCACUUUAUAUUUUCUGUCAUCAACUUCCUCCUUUCAUUUAAACAGUAAGCAUUUGAGCUUUUAACUUUUUCUCGAUUAAAAUACAUUUCCAAUACACAUAUAUACUAAUUCAUAGCCAUUUAUAUCAAAUAUUUAAGUUUAUUAUAAAAUUUGCUGGUAUUUUCCGAUUUCUUAGCGCAAACAAAACAAAAAAAAAUUACCUAAAAAAACAAUAAACACAGGAAAAGUAAAAGUUAAACCUACAUGGCGCUUAACAGCUUCAUAAAUGCAUUCUCACCGCCCUCCUCGGUAUCCACAGAGCAGAACGAAGAUGGAGGCGAGCGGCCGGGACUCUUCGUGCACAAUCGUCGCAUAGUCUUGGAGUUGGUCAAUAAAAUAUUCGAUAAUAAACGCGGCAAUGUGGAAUUGUCCUCGUCACAUUGCUCCAGCAUUGCGAAGAAGCCUUCCGAAUACAGCUAUGACAACCGGCUGAAAUACUGGAAGGAUAUGUUGGAGCAGCGUAAACUUGUGCAGGCGAACAUACAGGAGAAAACCGGUAAGACGCCGGCGCAGAUACUCUUCAAUCGCGGUGUCACCGUUGAUGAACGUGACAAGCAAACUGUGCGUCGCUUGAUAGAUUACGCCGAACGCUUGAAUCCAUUGACUGUAAUGCAACGACAGGAAGCCAUAUUGCCGGAAUAUAUUGACUGUAGCACGUGCCAAUAUGUACAUGAAAUACGUGAGACCUUGCCGAAGGCCGAGCGUGACGGCGAGAAGGUAGUCGAGAUCACCGGUUUGCCGUUGGUAACGAAGGAAGAGCUUUUGGGUAAACCGAAAGAACAGGGCGGACACAAAAAGUCCGAUUGGUUGAGAUCCAAAGUGUUGGAGGAGCACAUCGAACGCAAACGCGAGGACAUAGAACGUGUAAUUGAAUUCUAUCCAGACAUUGACAAGCUGCAGAUUGUGGGCGAGAGUUUCAGUAAGAUGAAUACGUUACGCCACAACGCAGAUAUACAAUAUAUAGGUGAAGAAAAAAUACAUUUCAUCUCACAAGACUCAAUUUGUGAACCAACUGCGCCGGCAGCAUCCACUUCGGAGCCACCGCCACAACCCGAAUACAGUGUGCGUAUUAACGAACAUAUUUUCCAACUAACCGAGAAGCGAAGCUCCAAAUAUGUUGAGCUGGAGGUACGUUUCGAGUGUGAACCCUUCGAGAAAGUUGUAAAGCGCGUUCUACAUCUGGAGAAUUUGGGCAAACGAGUGUUGGGCUUCGAAUGGGUGCAUCGUCCGUAUUUCGAGAAAAAUGCCGGUCUCCUAAAAGCCUACGAUGACGAAUUCCUCUUUCAACAUAAACCGUUUCGCCUGACUUCAGGCGAGAGCAUUGAUGUGGUUGUGCAGUUUCAACCACGCCGUGCAGACAUCACGAAACAAAAGUGGAUGCUAAAAAUCGAUCCACAAUUUUUCUGUCGCAAAGUGGAUGCUGUUGUGGUGCGUUUGAGCGGUAAGUGCAAACCGGCGCCCGAAUAUAUUGCCAAAAUACGAGCUGUACAAACGGAGGUCUUAAACAAAUCGAACACGACGAUGGUGCGUCAAAUCACGACACGCUUAGCCUCACUCACACCGCUGAUUAAGUUGCCCGAAGUGAUUUGCCCCUACAAGCGUACACUCACCGAACUAGAGCUAUUCGAAUUUUACAAUCCCGGCUAUCGCUGCGAACGCUAUCACGACAUACAACUGCUCAAGGAGCUGUAUGAACGCUUAAAGAAGCCGCGUGAGCCCGCUUGGGACCUGAGCAUUGAAUCUUUGAAAGCCAUCAUCCUGCGGCAGGAGAGCCCCGAUAAGCGCGCACUGUACUUUGUGGAGAUGAUUAGCAUUUUAGAGGAGAUGCGUGGCAGGCCGCCCAUAGACUUUGAUGAGAAAAUACUUGAUAAUACGGAACGUGAGCGCACAUGUUAUGUGUAUGUGCGUGGCAUUAUCUCAACGGGCAUCGAUGAGUGGGAAGAGUUGACGCUCACCAUCGAGGAAGCCUUCUUAAAGGCGGCAUGGAAGGAGUAUGUAGACAAUUACUCUAAGGCUUCAGAGGAGGGUGCAGGUGGCGAUGCUGAGCAUAUAGAGAUGCUGCUGAAUGAAUUCGACGAAGAAGAAAUCAAAAUGUGGCUGGUUAAAGAGUUGCGUCAUCGCAAGCCGUUCCGUGACACGCUCUACAUGCAAACCUACACACAUGUGUGCAAUUUUAUUGAGGACAUUGUCUCGGUUAUAGAGAGCACAGACAUCGUUUAAGCUAUUCGGAGUUUUUACUAUGGAGAUAGUCGUAAUAUACAAAUGAUCCGGAGGUAAACUCGAAUAUGGCUCAAAUACACAUGCGAUCCUGAUAUAUGUAUAUACAUAUAUGAGAGUUGCGUAGGCAAAGAAUUUGUACAAUUAUUUCUAUAAU